AUGGCUACACCAAACUCAUUUGUGGAUGAGGAUCCCAUGAAUAAUCAAGAAAAAUCACUAGAAGAGGAGGAUUUUCUCCAACAAAACACCAAAAAGGUUAAAGAAUCGCACAUUUCUCUUACUGAGGAAGUUAUGAUGCUUGAUCCUAACGUGGAUCAGGCCAGAUCACCAUUUGAAGGAUUAGAUCUAGAAGCAAAUAGAUCCCUGUGUGAAGGGACAGAAGAUGCAAAUAAUACUUCUUCGCCACGUCAGCCCCUCCCUCUCUGUAUCUUAACUCUCAAACAUGCCCCCAACCACCACCGAUUUUUCCCACCUUUUUCUCGGAAUUCGCUUCUCGCGUCCCAAACACCACCGAUUUUUCCCACGAAUCACCGCAAACUUCUCCGCUUAUUUUCUCUCUCAUCCAUGUCAGUGAAGUUGCAUCACCAGAGUUGCAUUUCUUCAAGCUCCUCAAAACCAUGGCUUUCACGUAAAUCGAUUAGUAUCCAUAUUCUUAACAGAACAGCAUUUGUCUUGGAUCAUCUAUGGUACAAGCAGGGUAACAUAAGGAAGAGAUGCCGCAAAAGGGUUUCUUUAUUGGAGGUGGGUGAUCUCCGCCUUAGUUGCAGAUUGGUGGAUUUUAGGAAACCAUGUUUAGCCUUUCAAAAAUCAAGAAGGAUAGGACAUCUCUUGCCCUUUGCUUCUGCCGAUGAUGGCGUAACUGUUAAUAGGACUUCCAAAGCAAGUACCCCUAAUCCCGUUGAUGAGAUGAGGAUCAAACUUGAUGAAACACUGGAAGGUGAAGAUUAUAGUAAUGGACUAGUCCAGUCAUUACAUGAUGCCGCAAGGGUCUUUGAGUUGGCAAUCAAAGAACAGAGCUCACUAUCAAAAAUGUCCUGGUUUUCAACUGUAUGGCUUGGUGUAGACAAAAAUGCAUGGUUGAAGGCUCUAUCUUACCAGGCGUCCGUGUAUUCCAUUCUGCAAGCAGCAAGUGAGAUUUCAUCUAGAGGAGAUGGAAGAGACAGGGAUAUCAAUGUAUUUGUCCAAAAGAGUUUGUUACGACAAUCUGCUCCCUUGGAGAGUGUAAUCAGAGAAAAAUUAUCAGCCAAGCAGCCUGAAGCUUAUGAUUGGUUUUGGUCUGAGCAAGUCCCAGCUGUGGUGACCAGUUUUGUUAAUCAUUUUGAAAAGGAUCAACGCUUUGCUGCUGCUACUGCAGUAUGUGGAAAAGGAGUGUCCUUAAGUUCAGGCAAUGCAAGUGACAUAUCACUACUCAUGCUUGCACUGAGUUGCAUUGCGGCCAUCACAAAGCUAGGUCCUACAAAAGUUUAUUGUGCACAGUUCUUCUCCAUGAUUCCCGACGUGACUGGGAGAUUGAUGGACAUGCUGGUUGAAUUCAUUCCUAUACGCCAAGCUUAUCAUUCUAUAAAGGAUAUUGGUCUACGCAGAGAAUUCCUUGUCCAUUUUGGUCCUCGAGCUGCGGCUUGUAGAGUGAAAAAUGAUCAGGGCAUUGAGGUUAUAUUUUGGGUGGGUCUUCUACAGAAACAGCUGCAGCAAGCGAUAGAUAGGGAGAGAAUAUGGUCCAGACUCACGACAUGUGAAAGCAUUGAGGUUAGUGCUGGAUCUUUUUCUAUUGUGCAAUUCUAG